GUGAGCGUGCCUCACUUUUUACGAUCAUUUCCAACUCUCAGCCACGAUGGUCACAGUUCCAUAACAAACAGUCGAUUAGGCAGGACGCGGUCAAGCGGCAGAGAGCCGCAUUGGAGUCGAUGGAGUUACAGUAAAGGCAACUGCCUGCCUCUGACUGAUGAAGAGUUUAGCCCCGCCACCUUCCGAUAGCGCCGCUCACUGACAGCCCAUAGCACAGCAGUCCAAUGAAGGAACUGCCCCAAGCAGACUGCCUGGAGCUGAGCUGAAGAGUUCUCUCAGGCAUUUUCAAACUGUCCAGCACCGCUUUACUUUCGGAAGUGACCCUGUUUGCUGUAUGUUUGUGAGCGAGACAGCGAGAGAGAGAGACAGACAGAGAAUGUUUUGCAAAUGCUUCACUAUAAAAUUUCAGCUGAAGAAGAUGCUUUUUCUGUCCUUGACCUUUGCACUGGUCGGCCUAUUAAAACUCUACUACAAUCACAUAUUGGUCACAGGACCACAGAAAACUUGGUUAGUGGAACCUUUCUGGAGCACCUCCCAAUUUGUGCGGAACAGAAAGAACAGCAAAUAUGUGCAGCUUAAGCUUGAAAUAAAUUGCACUGCCAUCUACGAGUCCAGCUCGGUGGAAGUGGGUAAAACUUUGGAAAUACGGAAGGGCAAUAUUGUUGAUCUGGAAGAUGAAGAUGUUGAGUUGAUGACAUCUGACUGUGCUCAAUACCUUUCCCAAAGAGGAUAUCAAAAUAAGCUGGUCUCAGAAGAGGAAAAGGAAUACCCUUUGGCAUUUUCUAUGGUGGUUCAUAAAGAUGCUAUUAUGGUGGAAAGGAGCUUAAGAAUGAUUUACAUGCCCCAGAACAUAUACUGCAUUCAUUAUGACCAGAAAUCCUCAAACUCAUUCAAAACUGCCAUAGACAACUUAGCCAAAUGCUUUCCUAAUGUGUUCAUUGCAUCAAAGUUGGAGUUAGUACACUAUGCUCACAUCUCCAGGCUACAAGCAGAUCUCAACUGCCUGUCCGAUCUUCUCCAAUCUUCAGUCCAAUGGAAGUAUGUCAUCAAUUUGUGUGGUCAAGAUUUACCAUUGCGGUCCAACUUUGAAUUGGUAUCUGAGUUGAAGAAGCUGAAUGGAGCUAACAUGUUGGAAUCUAUGAAGCCCAGUGAUACUAAAAAAGAACGAUUCACGUAUCGCCAUGAACUUCAAGAUAACUCAAAUGAGGAUGAACAGGUGCCUUUCAAAACUGGCGUUGUGAAGGAACCUGCCCCCCACAACAUCAAAAUAUUUACUGGCAGUGCCUAUUUUGUUUUGAGUUAUGACUUUGUCAAAUACAUCACUCACAGUAUAGUGGCCAAAGAUUUUCUUGCCUGGUCUGCAGAUACCUAUUCACCAGAUGAGCACUUCUGGGCAACCAUGGUGCGGGUGCCUGGGGUGCCAGGUGAGCUUUCCUGGCCUGAGGCUGAAGUGACAGAUUUGCAGAGUAAAGUGAGGCUGGUAAAGUGGAGCUACCUGGAGGGAGCGCUAUACCCACCGUGCACAGGCACUCACCGCCGCAGCGUCUGCAUCUAUGGUUCUGCUGAGCUCAACUGGCUCCUUAACUAUGGCCAUUGGUUUGCUAAUAAGUUUGACUCCAAAGUAGAUCCUGUAUUAAUAAAAUGUUUGGAACUGAAGAUUAGCGAACGCCAGAAAAAUUGGAUAGAAUUAACUCCUCAAAUGUUCUACAUUUAUGAUCAUGGUGAAAACUUUUGGGGCUGAAGGAAUGUAGCAUUUUGUGCCAAAAGUAUCCACCAGCUUAAGCUCAAAAGGCGAAUACCAAAUCAAAUGAUAUUUUUUCCAGCCAUGUGCAGAAAAUCUUGGUCAAUGGUUUUAUAAAGUGUAAUAUGAAAACAAAUACCUGUUUGAUCAGUUGGACUAGUUUGAUACAAUUAUUGCUAAUGGACAGAAGGUGCCAAUUAUUGAAGUGUUUCACAUCACUUUUAUUCUACAUGUGAAUCUGAUCCUAUGAUGGAUCAUGGGCCAAUUGUAUGAUGGAAAGUAUACUACACAGCCAAUGAAAAGAAUAUGGGCGACGUCUACAAUCAAAUUUUCUUGUUCCAUGUGUUUUCAUGUUCAAUAUAUUAUCCUCUCUGUCCUCAAUCCUGACACAGUAAUAAUGCCAAGCAAAAAUGGGGUGUAUCCUGAGACUGCACAUAAUUAAAAAAUCUUAUGUAAAAUCAUGCAAGCUGAAGAUUGGAGGGUGGGCUGGUAAAGUUAAUAAUAAGAUGCACACCAGAGAGUGGGAUCUAAGUAUGCCAUUGUCAGUAUUUCUGGCUGUGCUUAAACUAAACAGAGGUUGCUUCCUGGGGAAAUUGAUGUAAUAAUGUAAUCCAUUUUAUAAUUCAAAUAUUUCUUACUGAAUGAUUUUAAAUAAUUUAUGGCUUUGGUUACGUGAUCUGUUUUGGCAAUAUCAGGUUUUCUGGCUAGCUCAACAUCUAAGAUGAUGUUGAGCAACUUCAUCAAUGUCAAGCCACUGCAGUGUGCAUCUGACACUAGCCUAUAUAAGAGGAUCUCUCAGCAGCAAUCAGGUCUCAAGUAAGUUGUGCUAAUCUGCUUCAUAUGCAAAAUAGAAAUAUCCAGAGCCUUCA